AUGGCUUCUCGGGCUUUGUUGAACCUUAGUUCAAAGUCGGUUAGCCGGGCUGUCCGCCCCAUCAAUGUAGCUAGAUCAUUGUCUUCAUUGGUCGGUAUGUUUUUUGUUAUUUAUGUUUGAAUUUAGGUAAUAAUUUACUUCAAUAAUUUGGUUAUUAUCUUAGAUUUAAGUGUUGUUUAUUACCUUGGUUGUAUUUCUUAUCUGAAAUACUAUUUUGUUUAUUACUUGAACUGUUUGGGUUUGUGUGGGUAAUAUUGUUUAUUUUCAGCUAAGCAAAACCAGGUCCGUACCUUCACAUCGGCCCCAGUUGCCCGUGCUGCUGCUGCCGCCGCUUCUAAGAGCUCAACCAAGGCCAGCAUUCCUGGAUCUAAGGGAAGAAUCGUUGCUGUCAUCGGUGCCGUCGUUGAUGUUCAAUUCGAUGAGAACUUGCCUCCAAUCUUGAAUGCUUUGGAAGUCAGCGGUCGUUCUUCCAGACUUAUUCUUGAGGUAUCACAACAUUUGGGUAAGUAGCUUAUUUUUUGUCAUUAACGUUUAGUGUCUUUCUUUUUUGAGAUCGAAACAUAUUUUUGGGUAUAAAUCAAGAAGUGCACGUAGGCAUUUAAGUUUUUUGUUAAAAAGCGUAAGGGUAAUAAAGUGUAAAGUUGGUUUGAUAAAUUAGUAUUAUUUUAGGUGACAAUGUUGUCCGUGCUAUUGCUAUGGACGGUACCGAGGGUUUGGUCCGUGGACAAGAAGUUAUUGACACUGGUAACCCAAUUACCAUCCCUGUAGGAGCUGGAACUCUUGGCCGUAUUAUCAACGUCAUUGGUCAACCAAUUGACGAACGAGGCGAAAUUCCAACUCAAAGCUUUGCUCCAAUUCACGCUGAAGCUCCAGAAUUCGUUGAGAUGAGUGUUGAACAAGAAAUCUUGGUAACUGGUAUCAAGGUCGUAGACUUGCUCGCCCCAUACGCUAAGGGAGGAAAGAUUGGUAAGUUAGUAUAAGUAAUACUUUUUCUUCAAGUAAUUUUUUUAUCUAUUCUAUGUUGUCUAAAUUACAUUGUUUAAGGUCUCUUCGGUGGUGCUGGUGUCGGUAAGACUGUAUUGAUUAUGGAACUUAUCAACAACGUCGCUAAGGCUCACGGUGGUUACUCUGUCUUCGCUGGUGUCGGAGAAAGAACUCGUGAAGGUAACGAUUUGUACCACGAAAUGAUUGAGGGAGGUGUCAUCGACCUUAAGGGAAAGAACUCGAAGGUAUCUCUUGUGUACGGUCAAAUGAAUGAGCCUCCAGGAGCUCGUGCCCGUGUGUGUUUGACUGGUUUGACCGUCGCCGAAUACUUCCGUGAUCAAGAAGGACAAGAUGUACUUCUCUUCAUUGACAACAUCUUCCGUUUCACACAAGCCGGUUCUGAAGUAUCUGCCUUGUUGGGUCGUAUCCCAUCUGCUGUCGGUUACCAGCCAACUUUGGCCACUGACAUGGGUGGUAUGCAAGAACGUAUUACAACCACCACCAAGGGAUCCAUUACCUCCGUACAGGCUAUCUACGUACCUGCUGACGAUUUGACCGAUCCUGCUCCAGCCACCACGUUCGCUCACUUGGACGCCACUACUGUGUUGUCUCGUGGUAUCGCUGAAUUGGGUAUCUACCCAGCUGUGGAUCCUCUUGACUCGACCUCUCGUAUCAUGGACCCCAACGUCGUAGGAGAACGCCAUUACGGCAUUGCUCGUGGUGUGCAAAAAAUCCUUCAGGACUACAAAUCCCUCCAAGAUAUCAUUGCUAUUUUGGGUAUGGAUGAAUUGUCAGAAGACGAUAAGUUGGUCGUAUCUCGUGCCAGAAAGAUCCAGAAGUUCUUGUCUCAACCUUUCCAAGUAGCCGAAGUCUUCACUGGUCAUCAAGGAAAAUUCGUUUCGCUAGAACAAACCAUCGACGGAUUCGAAUCUGUCCUUAAGGGUAAGUUUCCGUUAAUUAAAAUUUAUACCAUAAUUUGAAAUUUUUAAAAUUAUUUUUUAUUGAUUUUUAUAUUUCAGGAGAGCUCGACCACAUUCCUGAAGUUGCUUUCUACAUGCAAGGAGCCAUCGAUGAUGUCCAUAAGAAGGCCGAGGAGUUGGCUAAGCUCUAA